AUGUGGAGCUCGGUAACCGCAGCUGGCACGGAAAAUGGGCCUGCACCACCGUCCAGAAGCAAGCACAGCGCGACUUUGCUCGCUGGUCACGUGUACCUCCUUGGAGGAAGAAACGGCAAUCUUCCCCUCAAAGAUAUCUGGCGUUACAGUCUCGUCGAGAGCAAAUGGGAAGAAUUGCAUCCUGGGGGAGAAAGACCGCCGGCACUUCAGGAGCACAGCGCGGUCGCUUACAGGGAUUGCCUUUACGUUUUCGGAGGUGAACUCAGCUUCUCCGCGGGCACGGAAACACCGCUCUGGGUUUACAAUGUCAAGAGUAAUUUAUGGAGAAAGGUGAGAGCGCAAAGGGGAUGUGCAGUUCCUAGAGGAAGAAGAGGCCACACGGCUCUAGUUCAUCGCGGUCAGAUGCUCAUCUACGGAGGUUACCAAGACCUUCGUGGAAGUUCACCUGAAAUAUGGGCGUUUCAUUUUGAAACGGAAUCCUGGCACCUUCUAUCGUCGGGUGAAAGCGGACCAGCUGCGAGACACAAGCAUUCUGCUGUUUUACACGGUGACGCUAUGUACAUUUACGGGGGCAUGACUGAUCUUCAGGAAAGGAACGACUGUUGGCGAUGGGACGUCAAUACCGCUUCUUGGUGUCUAUUGAAGAAUAAACCAGGACCGGGUCCACUUCAUGGUCACGCAGCGUGCAGACUUCCUAGCUGCAUGCUAAUAUUCGGCGGAGAAAGCGGUGGUUUGGCUACGAACGAACUUUGGAGGUUUCAUUUCGGUACAGAAACGUGGGAGAAAUUGUCUGUGCCAGGUCCAAAACCCCAGCCGAGGGCGGAAAGCGUUGCUUUAGCAGUGUCGGAAUUGUUAAUCAGAGGGACCAAUGUGGACAAUCCGAAACAUAAACUGAGAAAUCAAAGGACGAGACUGUACAACAGUAGAAUAUCGCCGAACGAGGCGCCGACUAGACCAAGCUUUCUCAAAGAAAUUUCGAAACUGUCGCAGAUUAAUUUAUCACGGCUAAGUCAUCCGACGAAAUGCAGCUACUCCGUUUUAAGUGGUCAAGACGAUAACGAAGAGAGCCCACAAGAGGCGAAUUCCUAUUAUCCUUUUCAGCAAGUGGACGCCGAAGUGACCGAACCGUCUACAGGGAUGGUGAAAUCUCGAAGCGCCAACACAUUAGCACGACGAAGGCAAAAGCCAUCAGACGCGUCAUUAAAAACCACCGACACUACCAAUACUAGCGGCAAUAUUGGCAGCUGUGGGAUGACCAGAGAUCCUAUUUCGGUACCGAAUUUCCGAGCACUCACUUUACCCACGCCAGUUCUGACACCUGUGGAGGCAGCCAGACUUGUAUUUGUCGAUCCAGACGACAAUAGUGACAACGAAGAACGGAAAGAGCCCCCUACUUCUAGACUGAUAGAAGUUCAAGAGGAAAGACGAGAUUUUGCAGCUAUGCAUCAAGCUUGCCAACCAACACGUGGCGAGAGUUACAGUUCACAUCUAUACGAGGCUGCACUUCAAACUCCGAAAACUCCAACCACCACAAAAAUACCUACAUCCGCAUCAGUCAGGUUCGCUGACUUAGAAGAAGGUGAAGAAUCAACAUCGGACUAUGCGAGUAUAGAGGCCAGAAGUCCUGGUGAUCCUCUAGCCGAUGACGACUGGCCAUCAGGCAGAAAAUGUAAGCAAUAUCGCCCUAUAGUUACUCCGUCGACGAUACGGGAAGGUCAAUUCGGCUUUUGUAAUCCAAAUUAUCUUGGACUGGAUGAGAGCAGAAAUCAUCAGCAGCAACAGCAACAACAACAACAAGGCCAGGACGGCAAAUACGCGAAAAUGUUAAAUAGUCCACCGGACAGUGUUUUAGAAGACGAACCAGGAAGAUCAACGUCCCAAACGUUCGCGGAGUUAUUAGAGCUUCAAGAAUUGAAACGAGUUCCCAGAGCACCGCCAAAAAGUUUGCCAUUAGGAUCUCCGUCUAGAAGAGCAGUUAGCGCGUCAAGGGCUGAAAGACAACGGGCGAAGAUUGCCGCAGCAGACAUCAAUGAAUCGGAAACACCAUCGUACGGACCAGCACCGCUCUAUGUCUUUCUAAUUGGAGGAAAGGAAAAAGGGCAAGUAACCGUGUUUGCUCGACCCGUUUCUUUAUGGAAACUACAAUUGGCGCCACACAUCUUCUAA